AUGUGGCGUGGUAGAGACCGCCAAGCUCGUCUACCAUACAAAGUCGCCAAGCCUAGCCACGACAGUGGUACUCGACCUGAUAGAAGAAUGGCGAGAGAAUGGGAGAAGGAACAUUCACAUAAACAAGUUCACAUACACCAACCGACAUUUACGGAAAUUGGACGUGGUGGAACUAUCUAUGGUGGGGUAGUAUCUAACGACGGAACAAUUGGAGCGAUAACUGAUUCUAAGAACGGGAAAAGACUGGGACCCGGUAAUGAUUCUCGACUUGAGUCGGACUUGGCGUUAGAAUCUGGAUCAGGUCCAGAGCAUGUGAAGAAUAAAAAGCGGAAAGUCAAGAAAGGAAAAAAAAGUGCUUGUGUUGAAAAAGCUCCGUCGAUUGAAAAUGAUGUGGAAUCCAGUUCUGAUGCGGAUACAACUAGUGAUGGCAAAUUUGUUGAAUCUGAUGGGACAAAACAAGAUUCUGGAUGCGACUCGACUGAAAGUGACGGUAACGAGUCCCCUUGUGAAAUAGCAAAGAGAAGCCUAAUUUCGAAUGCAUCAAAAAGUACUCCACUACCUUUGAUUUCUGACGAAGAAGCUUCAAAAAGUACAUCGCAGUCUUUGACUUCUGUUAUGCAAGAGUAUCGCGAAAAAGAUUCGACUUCUAAAUUUGAUCCUGCAAAUAGUUAUAUUCUUGAUCUCUCCCCAACUUCAAAAAUUGCGAAAGAAUUCACACCAGAACAUUGGUCCAGACUCAUUGCCGAUCGUCCUGCUUUAAUUAAUGUGACAUAUCACAGAGAAUUAGAACCAAUCCUUGAUCAUUUGUUUGGACGACAAAAAAAGCUAAGUAUUCAACAAGCUCGUGUUCAAUGGGAAAGUUUAAGAAAUAUUAAGGUACCUGAGUACAAGGAAGACUUAUCGUAUGGAGAAGGUGACUGGAAAAAGAUUAUAUGGUGGGUAGAAUGGGCUGUAGGUCAAUUUCUUAAUGCCUUUGAAUCUGAACGCAAUCCAUUAAUGCAGCAGGAUUGUCAUGAGAGAGAAUGGCUGGGAAAUUAUCUGAUUCCAAUUUUUCAAGGUGCUUUGGUACUUGAUAGUCGUUUUCGAGUAGCAUGGGGAGAAAUUACAGUACAGUCUUCUUUGCAAAGACGUAACUCUGACAAGAGUAUUUUAGAAGAAAGGGUAGAUCGUGGUCACAUGGUAGACAUGUUAUGCUCUACCGAAACAUACGAGAUGUUGUGUUUAUUGGCUUGUGGUGGUCCACACAAAGUUGAUCUCACCAAACUAGCUUCCGAUCAGUUUCACUUACAACGGUUGCUAAAAGAUGCCCUUGAUGAUAUGCAAAUGAAAUAUUACUAUAAAAUCAAAAAAGAAACGUGCUUGUAUACAAUAGGGAUUCAACAAUACAAAUCAGAAAUUCGUAUUUAUUUAAUGGAAAAACGUGAAGUUUAUCGCCUUCACCUUAUCAAAACCUUGGAUCUUCCAUUGACAUUUUCAACUUAUCAUAUUUUACGUAUUAGUUUGAGUUGGGCCUGGAACAUUCGGGGACUUCUGAAUGAUUUAUUUGAUUCGUUGAUUGAUAAUGUGGAAAUCGGUUCAGUUACUCCUCAAUGGGUCCCAAACGAUAUGGCUACACAAAAAACUCCUGAAAAAACGCAAAAAAAGAAAACUGUAAAGCAAAAUGUAACAG